ACCAUUUGUUAUAGCUAUGGAACGCAGUCGGUACAAUGGAGAACUGCAUUCUCUGCAGCUGCCCGAAGAGACGGCGCAACUGUUGACAAAAAUUGAGGAAUCCCAGUUCGGGUUCAGAGAGGAUCUGCAGGGUCCGUACGGCCCGCGCCGCAUGGUGUACGCAGACUAUACUGCGUCGGGCAAAUCUCUCAGCUUCGUCGAGGAUUACAUUCGGAGUCACGUGCUCCCUACCUACGCCAAUACACACACUACCACCACGGACACUGGCAGGACCACUACUCAACUAAGAGAGGAAGCCAGAGAGCUGAUCAAGGAAGCCCUGAACGCACCGAGGAAGAUGUCUUGCUGUUUGUUGGCAGUGGGUGUACCGGGGCGCUGCACAAACUAGUGAGCUGCCUC